AAAAUGGGGCAAGCCCGCUUCAGCCCAACCCAUAUCCAAUUAGCCUUGAGUUAAUCUUGGCCCAGCCUAAACUCAAAUUGACACGGCGGUAGGACGGUUGAUUCCGAUCAGUUUAUGCAACUUCCCGCUGUGCACAUCGCAUGGUCCGAAAUUGAAGCAAAAUGGCGUGCUUACUCUCCACGACCUUCACCAUUCCUUUGCCAAUGGUAUUACUAAACAAGGGAGUGCAUCACUUAGAUUCUGCUGUGGUUACACCUUCCAACAAAACAGCAAUUUGUACAGCUCAAAAAAGUCUUGGAUCUUGCAAUUCAAAUAAACUCGUAUUAUCCGUGAAAGGAUGCUGCCAGCAUUGUUUGAUGUCAUUAGAUGAAACUUUCUGUAAUGAUUUGGAUGUAGAUUGUUGCACUGAAAUCGUUAUAUCUGGUUAUUGGGUGGGACCUGAUGCUGAUGAUGGGUGGGGCUUUGUAGAAGCUGUAAUCAAUCAAAUGACUUGAUCUUAUUUUUCAAGAGUUGAUUUUGCUUCAUUCAUGUCACAAAGAUUUAAGUAGCAUUGCGGCUCUUGGUAGGCUGACCAUAGUUUCUAUUCUUCAAAGGCUCCAUAACUAACCAGUCAUUUGGAAAAUUGAGAUUAUCAUGUGUAUACGGCUAUUAUAGAGGCAUAUCUAAUACUGAAACAGUUAGUAAGGCUUGAUGGUGCCUUGAUGUGGGGUUUUUGCUCAAUGUGGAAGUUUUGAUUUGUGAGGAAUUGUAUUUUGGUAUCAUGUCCACAUCUGUAGUUGAACUAGAUUGAACUUAGUGAAAGCACUGUCUUGUCUAACGCAUAGGCUGCUCAAGUCGACUGAUCCUGAGCUUAGCAAGAGUAAUUCUGUAGCGACGCAUGCUCUUUAUCUAUGACUGGAGUCUCUGAGCUUUAAUUAGUUGAAAUCUCUACUGAAGGAUUGUAUCAUUGGGUGAAUGAAUAUUGAUUUUGAUAAAGUGAUAAA